GUAACACUGGUAGAGUAGAGUGUACAUAAACAAGAAUGGCGACCGCUUCAGCGCUGGAGCAAUUCGUGAACAGUGUCCGAAGUCACUCCGCAAGUGGGAGCUUCAGAGACUUGGCUGAGCUGCUGCCCAAAUGCAGCGAGGUGCUGACCAGAAACAGCCAACAUCUGGACAACGUGCUUGAGACGCUGAACGUAAAUCAACACUCGCUCGGAAUCCUCGCCGUCCUGGUUGCAAAAUUUUCCUCGAAUCCUCAGCCAGAGCAGGCAGACAGUCUGUUCUCUCAGUUCCAAGACUUCAUUAAUGAUUUCAACGUCAGCCAAGUCCGCAAUGCCAUCGACAUCUUCGCCGAGCUGUGUCACCUGUUCACCAAGUGGAUGGUGGAGCGAAAGACCGUCAUGAAAGGCAUUGAUGUGCUGCGGAGAGCAAUUCACCGCAUCCAAACCAACGAGGCACAGCUGACCUCCGUGCACGCUGACCUCUGCCAACUCUGCCUGCUUUCCAAAUGCCUCAAACCUGCCAUCCAGGUGCUGGACGUGGACAUCACAAGUAUUCUCCCCGAAUAUGAAGCGCCAGUGCAAGCGCACCAAUUCGAGUCAGAACACUUUUUGCGUUAUUUCUACUACGGUGGCAUGAUCUACACAGCCGUGAAGCAAUAUGACAGGGCGCUCUACUUUUACGAGGUGGCGCUGACCACGCCAGCCUUUGCCGUCUCUCACGUCAUGCUCGAAGCCUACAAAAAGUUUAUCCUGGUGUCCCUCAUCCUUCAAGGAAAGCUGAAUCCAUUGCCUAAGUACACAUCACAGGCUAUGAUGCGGUUCAUCAAGCCUCUGAGCCAAACCUACUUGGACAUUGCCACCGCGUACAGCACGAACUCAAUCACUGAUGUCCAAGCAGCUGUCAACAAGCACAGAGAAGUUCUUGAAAGGGAUAACAACCUCGGCUUGGCGAAGCAGGUGGUUGCGUCGCUGACCAAGAAGAACAUCCAGAGGUUAACCAAAACGUUCAUCACGCUGUCGCUGUCUGACGUGGCCAGCAGGGUGCAGCUGGCUGGACCAGCGGAGGCCGAGAGCCUCAUUCUGAACAUGAUCGAAGAUGGCGAGAUCUUUGCCACGAUCAACCAGAGGGACGGCAUGGUCGUGUUCAACGAGGACCCUGAGAUGUACAACAGCCCUGAAAUGCUGCACAGACUGAGACACGAGAUGACUGUUUGCAUGGAACUAGACAGGAAGGUGCAAAGUAUGGAAGAGGAGAUCACCACCAACCCACAGUUCGUGAAGAAAGCGGGUGUUGGUGCUGAGGAAGAAAUAGCUCCACCAGCCGGAACACAGACUCCCAAGGCUGCAGGCAUCGCCAACACGUACAGUGUUUGAGCUACAAUCGCUUAUACAAAUAAUUUGUAAAAAAAUCUGAAUUACUAUGUAAUGUCUGACCGAAUUAAAACUCACAGAAGGAA